AGAAUCGGAAGUAAAUUCCUGAAGCCGAUUUUGAAAUAAAUCUUGUUGUGUAAAUUGAUUACUAUGAGCUGUAAUAUUAAAGAAAACUAAAAAGAUCAAAUAGAAUAUCAAUUAAUUUUGUUGAUUAUUGCUCUAACUUAUUUUGAAGUAGUUUACAUUAAUCAGAAAUCCAGCUUUUUGGUUGUGUUACUAAUGACGCUAUAUAGGAAUAUAUAAAGAAAAUGUCGCUAUUUAAAGCUAGAGAAUGGUGGGAGACAAACGCAGGAGAACAGGAAACCUUUGAUAAAGGUUGUCUAUGUGUUGCCAAUAUUGAUAAUGAUCAGGAUAAAGUUGACAAAAUCAUAAUAGGCAGUUAUAAUGGAAUAUUAAGAAUCUACAAACCAUCUAUAAAGGUUGAUGAGGAAACUGGAAAGAAAUUAACUUUCAAUCCCGACGAUGUCUUGUACGAGCAAAAGUUAUCUGAGCCUAUACUACAAGUUGAAGCUGGUCGAUUUAUUUCAAGUACAGAACAAUUAGCUCUGGCUAUACUUCAUCCCAGAAAAUUUUGCGUUUAUGCCGUGUCAAAAUCAUCGGGUAACAAUGAUCGGCUCUGUCACUAUCAGUUGAAAAUAGCUUACGAACACAAUUUAAAGAGAACGUCUUUUAAUUUCUGCUAUGGACCAUUCGGAGGCGUAAAAAACAAGGAUUUAGUUUGCAUUCAAUCGCUCGAUGGAAGUAUCAGUAUUUUGGAACAAGACGCUUUUUCAUUUACUAGACAUCUACCUGGUGCCUUACUUCCUGGACCUUUCAGUUACGUGCCAAGUACAGAUUCUUUUGUCACAGUAUCUUCAAAUAGAUACUUGGAAAGUUAUAAGUAUCAAAUUCUGGCUGUAGCUGCAGAUUCUAAGGAGGAUUCAAAAUCUGGCAAAAAAGUGGCUAGUGACUGGUCUUUAAAUAUAGGCGAACAAGCGGUAGAAAUUUGUGUAAUGCAUACCUCAACUGGCUAUAUGAUACUCGUAGCCACGGAAAGGAGUAUAUUUUGCGUAAAGGAGAAUGGAAAAGUGAUCUGGCAGAAAAAGUUGGAUUUAGUACCUUCUGCUUGUACUCCGUUCUUUGCGCCAUCUUCCGAAAAUAUUCGAUAUAUCUUAUCUGUUCAUUCCUCAGAGAAUUUGUUUAUUUACGAUAAAACAAUUAUGAUAUGGGCUGCUCAAAUUCACAUAGAACCUGUUGCUAUAAAAGUAAUACGAGAGGGUGAAAUGAAAGGUGGAAUAGUUGUAUUAAGCGAAAAUGGAAAUAUUCAAGUUCUCUACUUGGGAACGGAUCCCGAACUGAUGGCUCCUCCAAGCAUGUCCCAAAAUCGAGAUAUGGAUUAUGCUGCAAUGGAUAGGGAACUGAAGCAGUUACAAAGUAUUAUCAAAAGUAAAAGUUCUUCUGCUGGAGUUGUCCUCCCAACAAAAAGAGCUGAAGAUGAAUUGGAAUUUAUAUGUCAGCCUGAACCUCAGCUAGAUUCUCCUUCUAUAGCCUCCAGUGAGAUAAAAGAAGAUGUUCCCUCCCUAACCUAUAAAGUAACGAUUAAGUGCAAAGCUGCAUUAAAUGAUGUGGCUCUAUCCAUCCACAUCCCAGCUCCUUUUGCCACACCCACAACUCUUAUUAAUAUCCCUCACAUUGACGCUUCGAAACCGUAUGAACAUUCCUUCCCAAUUUUUAUGAAAUGGAAUAUGGCUCCUUCUAAUUUGAGUUUGAGUACCUCGAUUAGAUUCAAUACGUCACAAGGAUCACCAUACACUGCCACGGCAACAUCGAAAAUUCCUCUUCGACUUUUUGCUCAAAAUGCAAUACCGAUGAAAGCUAACGAGCACAAAAUCACACUCAACUCAAAUACGGAUGCUGUUGAUUUAGCUAAAUUGUUUCCUGAUAUUCUCGCAACUUCACAAACUGAACCUCUGGCAGCUAUUGGACUUCAAGUUUUUGGUUUCAAGGAAGUUGUUACAAUUUUAGCAUCUACUAGUAAACGUUAUAGAGUUCAAAGUGAUAACUUUACAUUAGUAUUUGGAGUCGUCGAUGAAUUAGUAUCGAGAUUAAAAGCCUACCAUACACGACUAGGACAAUAUCAUUUCAUUUUAAGUUUUGACUCCCAGCUACCUUUAACAGAAUACUUUGCUGCAAUUGACGCCCACUUCGAUCUACGACAAAAAGAGAAUGAACUCUCAAAAACUUUAGGAGAGAAGACUGGUCAGUUAAGAGCCGUUCAGAGACGGUUAUUAACAAGAUUUAAGGAUAAAACUCCAUCUCCUCUAAAUAAUUUGGAUACACUUUUAGAUUCAACAUACAAACAGAUUUUAGCACUUGCAGACUCUAUUGAAAGGAAUAGAACUUUACUUUUAAAAUGUUCAUGUGAUCUUGAAGCUUGUACAAGAAUAUUUUGCCUUCUACUAAAACUGUGGACUCAAACAAAUAUGGAUGAUUUGGAAUAUGGAAUUUUAGAAAGCGUUUUAUGGCCAAACGGAUGCUCAUCCCUUUCGUUAACUCAGGGUUGGCAUGAACAAGUUGAUGCUACUAUAACCUUCUUAUUAAGGACUAGUUUGGCUAAAUCGUCGAAAGAUGCAACUUUAAAUCCUCAACCGUUGCAGAUAUUAACUGAUACAGUUAAAUUGAAGAAACAUUUGGCCUUGUUAAUCGAUAGAUUGUCGAAAGGUGGCAAAAUGAUGAUGGAGGGAAUCAAGGAGUCUCAUCUGGUGGGAAAUAAUGAAAAGAAGAAAGUAGAAAUCAAAAAAGCAGAACCAAUAGCAAAGCCGCGUCCACAGCAUAGACCAGUACCAAUGCCGUCGAACACUAGUUCAACAGCGAUAAGUGAGGAGCCACUUCCCGAGGAAGAAGAAGUAGCAGUUAGGAAAUUUUCUAAGAGAGAGGAACCUACUCCUAAAGUUACUUUACCCUCACUAGAUGACCUUCCUCCAUUAAGAGGUGGUACUGCAAGAGAAGGAAAAACAACUGAGGAUGUUCCUGAUUUGGACGACUUAGCAUGA